UUCCUGCCUACUCUCCAGUCUCCACAGCAAACUUCCUCUACAUCGGAGUCUAUACCACCAGGCUACUAGCUAUAGGUGCACUCUCGUACACCAUGUAUAGAGCUAGCGGCAUGGAGGAAGAGGAUUUCGGUGCAUGGCUUGUCCUAGGUACAGGCAACGGCUGCGGCGGCGGCGCUGCGAGGCGGAGCCACGACGAGCGGGAGUCCUCGGUGCAAUUCGGCGUGCUGUUUCCGCAGAGUGUCAAGGAAGAGAGGGGACGCGGUCAUGAAGGAGCUGUGAACAAGAAGGCAGAGAAGGGUGGGAGGAAAAGGUUGAAGAUCAUCGAUGACGGGCGGUCGCAUGGUCCGAGCCCGAGCGAGGACGAGGACGAUGGUGGCGACGGCGGCACGAGGAAGAAGCUCCGGCUCACGAAGGAGCAAUCGACCCUUCUCGAAGACACCUUCCGUGCCCACAACAUACUAUCCCAUGUUCGGAAGCAGGAGCUCGCGUGGCAGGUGAAUCUGACCCCGAGACAGGUGGAAGUGUGGUUCCAAAAUAGGAGGGCCAGAGCAAAGCUGAAGCAGACGGAGAUGGACUGCGCGCUCCUGAAACGGUGCUGCGAGGACCUCACCGACGAGAACCAUCGGCUGAAGCACGAGCUCAUGUUGUUGCAGCGGUCGGCGACGGUGGCCGGGCUCUACGUCCAGUUCCCGCGCGCCGCGGCCAUGGCGAGCAUCUGCCCGUCCUGCGAGAAGGUCACCGUGGUGAGCAGUGGCGAGACGAGCAAGAGCUCCAGCAAUUCCUCCUGAGCAGUUCGCAUUCUUGAUGCAUGGCGAGAUGAGCAUGUUUUGAUCUGCAGAGACUUCUUCAUGUGAGUUCGUGUAGACAAUUAGCGUGCCUGCUAAUAACUUUGAAUAGCCGUGAGUUAUUAGCGUGCUUGUUAAUAACUUUUAAUAGGGUUAAGUACAUUUACUUAACCCUCACGAGGCAGCGUGUUAAAUUACCUUCGGUUUUGUAAUAGCCGG